UUAAAAGAUAUUGGUGGAAGAUUUAUGAUGAAAAAAUAACAUGCAAUCCAUUUUCCCCAUGAAAUCGUCUUUCGAAGCAUUCCAUUGUCGUCUUCGAUUGCUAAGUGCUCAAUCUGGAGGGUCUACUCCACGGCGGUCAACCUCAAGUGCGAUAGCAAGUCUGGCGAAGCUUCCUCCAUCUACUUUCGACUUCUGUAGAAUUGUCAAGCUCUCUCUCUCGAGUUCAACGUGAUUGAAACCCUAAUCGGAAGCAAACUGGAGCACUUGAAUUGCCGCUAAAUCUGUUGCUGCAAAAGAACCAGAUACGUUACUAUUUUUCAACGCAGAAGCUACCAUAACCAGUCCUUCAUGAUUUCUAACUACAAUCCUGAUAAAUUUGUUGCAAGCUGAAAUCCAACAUCAAAAUUUAACACAAGGGGGUCCUAACUCACAGUCCGAAGAGAUGCAGAGGGUAAUCUGAAAAUGUAUCUAGUUGAUCCCAAACUGGUUUGAUGGAUGUGCAGCCACUGAUGGCAUGGUUUAAUGUUGGUCAGUGCAUUUUUGAAGGAAUAACAUUAAACCACUAGACGGAGCAGAUGUUGUAAGGUAAAACCUAGCGACGACAUUGAUUUUAACCAAGUCUCUUCUAGCCUCGUGAAUCGCCAUCCUCAAUUCUCAACUACCAUCAUUGAAGUUUCUUCAAUGUCACUUUCACAUUUCUUUCAAGUCUCUAAAAAGGCAUUUGGCUUCGUUUCGCGACGGGGGAGUCAACCAAAUUUUACACUUCCAGAGGAACUAUGCAUUCGUCAGUUUUCACUAGCAGAGAUCAAAGCUGCGACUGCCAACUUCGAUGAAGGCUUGAUUCUUGGUAUAAGUAAUUUUGGAUCUGUAUACAAAGGGGUUAUAGAUAAUGGGACCUUUGCUGUUGCUAUCAGACGCAUGAAAUUUAGUCUGAGUGCGUUCCGAACUGAAGUGGUAUUCCUUAGCCAGCUGAACCACUUAAAUGUUGAAUCUCUCAUUGGAUUCUGCAAUGAGAAGGGGGAAACAAUCCUUGUUUAUGAAUACCUGAGCAAUGAAUCGCUCUUUGAUUGUCUCCAUGGUAAUGGUAUCAGUUGCAAUCCAAUUCCCUGGGAAAAGAGGCUAAAAAUCUGCAUCGGUGCAGCGCGUGGAUUACAUUACCUUCAUACCGGAGCAAAGUAUAUAGUACUGCACCGCAACGUGACCAGCAACACUAUUCUUUUAGAUCAUGAAUUGGUUCCUAAGCUUUCUGGGUUCUUUUUGUCCAGGUUAGGGCCUCAUAGCAUGUCAAAAGCUUCAAUUAAAAAAGAGUCACUAGAUGUGGGGGCUACUUUCGGAUACCUUGAUUUAGAAAAUCUGUCAGGAAAAAAUGAUGUCUAUGCAUUUGGUGUUGUCUUACUCGAAGUAAUUUGUGGUAAAAUAUCUCUGCCAGCCUGCGCAAAUUGGUGUAUCGAGAAUGGGACCUUUUAUCACAAUAUUGAUCCAUAUUUAAAGGGAAGGAUAGCCCCAGAGUGCUUCAACAACUAUGUGGAGAUUGCUAUGUCUUGUGUCUCUUAUAGCGCAGAAGAACGACCAUCCAUGGGUGAAGUAGAGGCGACUCUACAGGAUGCACUGGAACUGCAGAAGAAAGCAGACUCUGAAAUGAAAAGUAUAAUUCCUCACAGCGGGGUCAUGUAUGAAGAUGAACUAUUUUGUGCACCUUAAUAACAUUGAAGAAUGAAAAGCCAUGAAGUGUGAUAAAAUUUCUGGCAAUGAUAGCACAGCAGUUGGGGAUUUAAUAGCCAUUGAAGUAUGAAGAUACAAAACAUAUGUGCUUUUAGUUGAUGUCUAUGGGAACUACGCAGUGUUCUGUUUGUUAUAGAAAGUUUCUUCUUCUAUUGCUAUUGAAGAUCUUAACUCAUAUAUCUAUCUAUGCAACCCAUUUCUAAAUUUGUUAACAGAAUUAGUGCCCUUUCUCAUUAGCAUGUAUACACCAAUUUUUUUCUCAAAUUACAGGACUUUUGUCUACUUGUUAAGGAAAGGAACAUGCGAUUGUGUUCUCGGAUAUGCUUGAGUCAGUUGAUGUAUAAAAAUUGUUUGUUUGUUUUCA